AUGUUAAAAAUAUAAAAUAAAUUAUAAUUAGGCAUUGAAAUUGAUAAUAAAUUUUUGAUUGAUUCAGAAAGGCUAUAAAUCCAAAUUUAUAGGAUACAGAUUAUGAUAAAAGGCUUGCACUAUUUAUCUUUUAUGUAAUGA